ACAUGGAAAAACACAAAAAGCAAGAAAACAAACUACGAGGACAUGCCUCAAGACAUCAUAGAUUGCAUUGCAUCUGCAAGUUAGUUUACCUGAUACAAUGAUAAAAUACAGAUAUACAAAUGGACAUGUCAAUGGCAAGUUAUAUAGUGCAUAUAAUUUAAACAAACGUGUGCUCAGUGUUAUAGGCUUCUAUUCUGUAAAAGGAGCACAUAACAUUGGAACUCAUGCUGCAUAAAUGGCUUCUCUUCUGUCAAUGGGUGAUUUUUCAUUGAUUUGUCUCAAGGAUUUUGAUUUAACUUCUUUAUGUUCUCUAAGGAGCAUAAUAGACACUAUCAAUGUACUUUUUGUCUGUGUCUACUACACGUCUUUGGUAAUCGGUUUUAUCAGAAAAACUUCUGUAUGUAGGAGCCAAACAAGAAGUUGGAUUUUCCAACUUGUCUCAAUCUGUUGUGCUCUUAUUAGCAUUACUUUUUUUGCUAUUAGCUUGUGGGAUCUCAUAUACAAAACUGGCAACUCUAACGAGCUGAGUUGGUUAGCUUGCAUUAUAAGAGGAUUCAUUUGGAAUUCAUUAACAGUUUCUUUGCUUAUUCAGAGAGUCAAAUGGAUUAAAAUACUAAACUCUGUCUGGUGGAUAUCUUCCUGUGUGUUGGUUUCAGCUCUCAACAUUGAAAUUCUGUUCAAAGAACAUGCCAUUGAAACAUUUGAUAUUGUACAGUGGCUUGUGCAUUUCCUUCUUCUAUACUGUGCCUUAAAAAAUAUUGGUUACUUAGGAACUCAUAAUGUCCAAGAAUGUAUUUAUGAGCCAGUAUUAGCUCAAAAUAAUGAAACUAAACAAACAGGACUAGGCCAUGCUACCUUUCCCAGCAAGUUGAUUUUCUCCUGGGUUAAUUCAAUACUCAGUUUAGGUUACUCAAAGUCACUAGCUCUAGAAGACAUACCCUCCCUUGUUUCCGAAGAUGAAGCAGGCACUGCCUAUCAAAGCUUUGUGCAUGCAUGGGAAUCCCUUGUAAGGGAGACGACUAAUAACAAUACAAAGAACUUGGUUCUUUGGUCUGUAGUUAGAACUUACUUAAAAGAAAACAUAUUAAUAGCAUUUUAUGCAUUAAUCAGAACUAUUUCUGUUGCAGUUUCACCUCUAAUACUUUAUGCUUUUGUUAACUACUCAAAUAGAACUGAGGUAGAUCUCAAACAAGGUCUUUCCAUAGUUGGUUUUCUGAUUCUCACUAAAUUGGCUGAGUCGUUGUCUCAAAGACAUUGGUUCUUUAACUCAAGGAGGUCAGGAAUGAAAAUGAGAUCAGCUCUGAUGGUGGCAAUUUAUCAAAAACAGCUAAAGCUUUCAAAUUUAGCAAGGGAAAGACAUUCAACUGGCGAAAUUGUGAAUUACAUUGCAAUUGAUGCAUAUAGAAUGGGAGAAUUUCCAUGGUGGUUUCAUAUAACAUGGACUUGUGUAUUGCAACUUGUUUUGUCAAUUGCUAUUCUUUUUGGUGUUGUAGGUAUUGGUGCUCUUCCUGGUUUAGUGCCCCUUCUCAUCUGUGGACUUCUCAAUGUACCACUUGCAAGGAUGCUACAAAAUUGUCAGCUACAGUUUAUGAUUGCACAAGAUGAACGUCUCAGAUCAACUUCAGAGAUUCUUAAUAGUAUGAAAAUAAUUAAGUUACAAUCUUGGGAAGAAAAGUUCAAGAACGUAGUUGAGUCCCUACGAGAUAAAGAAUUCAAAUGGCUGUCUAAGACACAGUUCCUGAAAGCUUUUGGAACAUUUCUUUAUUGGCUGUCUCCUACAGUUAUUCCUGCUGUUGUCUUCCUUGGAUGCGCUUAUUUCAACAGUGCACCAUUGAAUGCUGAAACCAUUUUUACAGUUCUUACAGCAUUGAGGAACAUGGGAGAUCCUGUUCUUAUGAUCCCAGAGGCCCUAUCUGUUAUGAUUCAGGUUAAGGUUUCCUUUGAUCGCAUCAACACAUUUAUGCUCGCUGAAGAGCUAAAUAAUGAUGAUAAUGGAAGAAACAUAAAGCAAUGUUCAGUCAAUGCUAUGGCAAUUCAAGCUGGCAACUUCAUUUGGGAUCAUGAAUCUGUGUCCCCCACUUUAAAAGAUAUGAAUUUAGAGAUAAAAUGGGGACAAAAAAUAGCAGUUUGUGGACCAGUUGGAGCCGGAAAAUCAUCUCUUCUGUAUGCAAUACUUGGAGAGAUUCCUAAGAUUUCAGGAACUGUUUAUGUAGGCAGCACACUAGCCUAUGUAUCUCAAUCUUCUUGGAUACAAAGUGGAACAGUUCAAGAUAAUAUACUCUUCGGCAAGCCAAUGGACAAAGAAAGAUAUGAGAAUGCUGUUAAAGUAUGUGCGUUAGAUAAGGAUAUUGGUGAUUUUAGCUAUGGUGAUCUUACAGAAAUAGGUCAGAGAGGGAUUAACAUAAGUGGAGGACAAAAGCAAAGGAUUCAACUAGCUAGAGCAGUCUACAACGAUGCUGAUAUCUAUCUCCUCGAUGACCCUUUCAGUGCAGUUGAUGCGCACACUGCUGCUAUUCUGUUCAAUGACUGUGUCAUGACUGCUCUAAGAGAGAAAACAGUCAUUCUUGUGACGCAUCAAGUAGAGUUUCUCUCGGAAGUUGAUACAAUAUUGGUAAUGGAGGAUGGAAAAGUUAUUCAAUCAGGUACUUAUGAGAAUCUCCUGACAGCUGGGACAGCCUUUGAACAACUUGUGAAUGCCCAUAAAGAUGCAGUUACCGAGCUAAAUCAAGAUAAUGAAAAUAAAAGAGGUUCUGGAAAUGAUGUUUAUGCUAAUCCACAAGACUCUCAUCCUUUAUAUCUCACUAAAAAGCAGACUGAUGGGGAGAUUUCUACCAAGGAUCAACUUGAGGUACAACUCACAAAAGAGGAAGAAAAAGAUAUUGGUGAUGUUGGCUGGAAGCCAUUUUGGGAUUAUAUCUCUUAUUCCAGGAUGUCAUACAUGUUGUGUUUUAUCUUGUUAGCACAAUCUGCUUUUAUGGCUUUGCAGACUGCAUCAUCCUUUUGGCUUGCAUUUGCCAUUGAAAUUCCAAAAGUAACUAGUGCCACCUUGAUUGGAGUUUAUUCAUUAAUUUCUUUUUCUAGCAUUGUGUUUGUAUAUCUAAGGUCUUACUUAAAUGCGCAUCUCGGAUUAAAAGCUUCUACGGCCUUCUUCUCAAGCUUCACUACAUCUAUCUUCAAUUCCCCGAUGAUGUUCUUUGAUUCAACCCCUGUAGGAAGGAUUUUAACCAGAGCUUCAUCAGAUUUAAGUAUUUUGGACUUUGAUAUUCCUCAUUCCAUCCUCUUUGCAUUAUCUGUAGCAAUUGAAAUUCUGGUAAUAAUUUGCAUAAUGGUUUCAGUCACAUGGCAAGUUCUCAUUGUUGCUGUUCCUGCAAUGGUGGCAUCAAUAUUCAUUCAGCAAUAUUAUCAAGCAACUGCAAGGGAACUAAUGCGGAUCAAUGGAACAACUAAAGCUCCAGUCGUGAAUUUUGCAACUGAGACAUCACUUGGAGUGGUUACUUUAAGAGCAUUCAACAUGGUAGACAGAUUUUUCAAAAACUACUUAAAACUUGUGGACACAGAUGCUUCAUUGUUCUUUCAUUCUAAUGUGGCAAUGGAAUGGGUAGUUCUAAGGGUUGAAGCAAUUCAAAAUUUGACUGUCAUCACUGCAGCUUUGUUGCUUGUUCUACUUCCUCGUGGAUAUGUGUCCCCAGGACUUGUGGGAUUGUCUCUUUAUUAUGCUUUUAUUUUGACAACAGCCCAAAUAUUUUGGACUCGAUGGUUUUCCAACUUAUCAAACCACAUUAUCUCUGUUGAAAGAAUCACUCAAUUCAUUCACAUUCCAGUCGAGCCUCCUGCCAUUGUGGAGGAUAACCGACCACCGUCUUCAUGGCCUUCCAAGGGUAGGAUUGAUGUUCAAAGCUUAGAGAUUAGAUAUUGUCCUAAUGCUCCAUUAGUCCUUAAGGGAAUCACUUGUACAUUUCAAGAAGGAAGUAGGGUGGGAGUUGUGGGAAGGACUGGAAGUGGAAAAAGUACACUUAUAAGUGCUUUGUUUCGCUUAGUUGAGCCUUCAAGAGGUGACAUUCUCAUAGACGGGAUUAAUAUAUGCUCAAUCGGGUUGAAAGAUCUGAGAACAAAGCUAAGCAUCAUUCCUCAAGAACCAACACUUUUCAAGGGCAACAUUAGGACAAACUUGGACCCUCUUGGCCUGUACUCGGAUGAUGAAAUAUGGAAGGCUUUGGAGAAAUGUCACUUAAAGGAAACCAUCAGCAGGCUACCGAGUCUCUUGGACUCUUCUGUGAGUGAUGAAGGUGGAAAUUGGAGCUUAGGACAGCGGCAACUGUUUUGUCUUGGAAGGGUACUACUUAAGAGGAACAGAAUUCUAGUUCUGGAUGAAGCGACAGCAUCCAUUGAUUCUGCCACAGAUGCCAUUCUACAAAGAGUAAUUAGACAAGAAUUUGCAGAAUGCACAGUUAUAACCGUUGCUCACAGAAUUCCAACUGUAAUAGACAGUGACAUGGUCAUGGUCCUAUCUCAUGGGAAACUGGUGGAAUAUGACGAGCCUUCAAAGCUAAUGAACACCAACUCUUCAUUCUCUAAGUUGGUAGCUGAAUAUUGGUCUAGCUGCACCAAGAAUUCCUUCACAAACAUAAGCAAACAGCAACUAUGAUGAAUACUGACAUGUAGUAUGUGAUGGUUUAGGAGAUCACUGAUAAUUGUGAAAUUUAAUUCCUAGACACUAUCACUGUGAAGAUUUUUUACACCGACAAUCCAUUGUAAUUAUGUCAGAUCAUUAAAUCGUUUGACUUUUUAUUUUGUCAGUAAACAAAGAGACAAACACCACUGAAACUCAUACACAACUACGAGGUUAUGAGUUCAAACACGGUGAAGGCGUCCAAGUCCAACCUAGUAAUAUCGGCAUUGCCAAUUGAGCUACGACUUAUGGAC